AUGGACGACGAUUCCGCAGUAAUUUAUGGCUUAGAAUUUCAGGCGCGGGCCUUGUGUGCUGUAGUAGGUGAUAUUGAUCAUAUUCAAUUUCUAGUAGGAACACAAUCGUUUAAAAAUGAUAAUCAGGUCCAUUUAAUAGAAUUCGAUGAGGAAAAUAACGUUAUAAAUAGUAAUGUCUAUCUUCAUCCGAUUGGGGAAGUAUGGCAUAUUAGCUCUUGCCCUCUAGAUAAAGAAAUUUUACUAACUUGUUAUGACAGACUUAAUGGUAGCAAAACUAAUAGGCAUGCUACGGCAUGGAAAAUACCAACUGAUGAUGAAGUACCGACGUCACCUAGUAUAAUUAUGCAUUAUAAAUGCUUUCUUAUUACGUCCAUUACUCCUCUAUUGCGAUCUCUUGACAGUGUUUUGUGGCAUCCUAACGAAGAUAAAUCUACUCUCAUGAGCGUACAUGAUCAGCACUUACAAAUAUGGGAUUUUCAAGUAGCCACCAGCGCUUCUGCCAAGGUUUUAAACGUUAUAGAUUUAGGUGAAAAGAGUCACUUAAGCUUUUCGUCAGCUGCCUGGAAUCCUCACCACAACGGCACUCAAGUUGCUGGUGCCUACGAUACCAAUAUAAAGGCCUGGGAUCUUAGAGCAAUGAAGCCAGCAUAUACUAUUGAAAAUGCUCAUGGAAUACUUGUGCGGGACCUAGAUUUUAAUCCCAACAAACCUUACUAUGUAGUAUCAUGUGGAGAUGAUUGCCAAGUUAAGUUUUGGGAUGUCAGAAAUAGUACGGAACCUCUACUUAAACUAACCAAUCAUUCUCAUUGGGUUUGGUCGGUCUCCUACAACCAUUUCCACGAUCAACUAGUUCUAUCGUCAAGCAGUGAUAGUCGUGUAAUGUUAUUUAACAUAAUAUCUUUAUCGUCGGAGCCAUUCGGUCAGUACGAAGAUAUUGAUGACGAAGAAUCAACUUCAAAUAAGUACGUUAAGCCAGUAUUGGAGGAAGAACCACCGAAAGAUGGAAUUAUUGCAACAUAUGAGGAACACGAAGAUAGUGUAUAUGCGUCAUGUUGGUCAUGUUCAGAUCCUUGGGUAUUUGCCUCUUUAUCUUAUGAUGGAAGAUUAGUUAUUAACAGGGUACCUCGCACGGAAAAAUUUAAAAUCUUACUCUAA